AUGUCGCUGUGGUUGGAACGCUGUAUAACCGGGUAUUUCCAGCUUUUUGGACUGGUUUGCGGAUGGAGUGGGAGUCGAUUGGGACGCCUGUUGGGCAGUAGUUUCCUGGUCCUAAUACUUAUCGAACUGUUCGUUCAAAUAUGGCAUUACUUUAAGGGGGACAUUCAGUAUGGCGAGUCACUGUCCGCGUACUUUGUGAAAACCAUCCAGGGCGUAAAUCUGGCCUACAACAUGAUACAUGCAUGGAUUGUCCUCACGGCUUUGCUCCAAUGUCAUCGAGUUCGUCGACUGCUGGAGCAACUGCCUCUGGUCAGGGCCACCGGCAUCAUGUACAGCCAUCUAUUCCUAGAGCUUCUGCUGGUCGUUUGUAACUUGGCUUUGAUCAGCAAUGAGAGCAAUAGGAAUUGGGAAAAUCUGCAGUAUGCCUUUAGUCUGCAAGCAGUUCGUGCUCGUUAUCUGGAAGUGAUGCUGCUGGUGGAUCGGUUGGAUGACCAGGUGGAGCAACUGUAUCACAAGGUUAUAUCUGGAUGCACGGAUUACAAAACUCUCAGAUCGGAAUACGCCCAUCUGGCCAAAGUGUCGCGCACUAUAUCGCAAAUCUAUGGCCCUUCGCUGCUCCUGCUGAAUGUCAUUUGCCUGGGCGACUGGAUCAUCGUCUGCAAUGUGUACUUCAUGGUCGCAUACCUGGAGUCAAUGCCCGCCUCCUGGUUCAUCUUCGCCCAGGUAAUGUUUGUGGUGCUGCCCACUCUCAUCAAGGUUUGGACCAUGUGCGCCGCCUGCCAUCGAUGUGUGGCAAAGUCCAAGCUUUUGAAGGAGCAACUUAAGGAUCGGCCAGGACAGACGCCUACGGAAAGAAGUCAAAUUGAGGACUUUGCCUUGCAGAUCAUGCAGGAUCCCAUAAAAUUUGAUGUCUGCGGUAUCUAUCACCUCAACCUGCAGACUUUGGCAGGGAUGUUCUUCUUCAUUCUGGAAGCUCUCGUUAUAUUCCUGCAGUUCGUGUCCCUCGUCAGGCCGUAG